GUGGUAUGCCCAUGGCAGGCUUGACGGCAUCGGGCUAUCGAAAUGCAAUGAUCCUUCGAACAGUUCUCUGUCGUGAGCUUCGCUGAUCCUGCGCAUGACCAUAAGUAUUGAUUGGCCCGCUAAGAGCAUUGUCAAGCUUUCGAUAUCAUCAUCCGGUUCCGACUCGGCCAGACUCGGUGAGAAAGUGCUCACAUUGUCGUGUAAACAGCAACUGCCAAGCCCAGAAUUAUCCCAUGUUAUGCAGCUCUCCAAAGUAUGCAGCGUGCUCAGGUCCCGCUUAGUGCUAACCCCCAAAUCGGAUUUAGCGUCUAGGCACCGACUUGGACAGUGGAGACUUUACUAGACAAGGGAAUCCUACCCGGAUAGUGUCUUGGUAGUUGG